AUGCGUGUUUUUGGAGCAGAGCAGUUGCUCUGGUCGUUGACAUUUUCCAAUAUUGUGUCAGGUUUUCCUGAUGUAGGAAGCUUUCACGAUGGGCUGGGCCAUAAGAAUUUGCACAAACGAUGCCCAUUUGCCGAUGAGCAGUCUCCAGAGAGUGCUAUUCAUGAAAAGAGAUUUCUUUUCUCUUCCAUGAACUCUCCUGUGGAUAUCACUGGAGAGCACGAAUUUCAGCCCCCAAAUUUUGAAAACGGUGACCAACGAGGUCCUUGUCCUGGCCUCAAUGCACUUGCAAAUCAUGGGUAUAUUCCCCGACAUGGCGUUGUGUCGUUUGUAAAUGCGGUCACGGCCAUCAACGAAGUAUAUGGCAUGGGAGUUGAUCUAGCCACUGUCCUCGCCAUCAUGGGAACUGUCUGGACUGGCAAUCCACUAUCUCUGGAUCCAGGUUUCUCCAUUGGUGGACGUGACACAGGUGUCAAUAACCUUCUUGAUAAUCUUGGGGGAUUACUAGGUGAUCCCCUUGGUCUCGACGGCUCUCACAACUUCAUCGAAGCGGAUUCCUCCAAUACCCGUGACGAUCUCUACGUUACUGGAAACAACCAUCGCCUGAACAUGGACAAAUUCAUGGCUUGGUAUAACAUGUCCACAGAUGGCACUUUUGACAUGGAUCUCAUGGCAAAGCGCGCAAAGAUCCGUUUUGAGGAGAGUAUUCAAACCAAUCCCAACUUCUAUUAUGGGCCAGUUACGGGUUUAAUUGCACGCAACGCGGGUUACAUUUUCUCUGCGCGAAUGUUCCGUAAUCACUCUCACGAGAAUCCAGAAGGAGUUUUGACCAAAAGCAACAUUCGGAACUUCUACGGAAUUUAUGGCGAUGAGGGUAACCUGACGUACCGUGAAGGAUGGGAAAGAAUUCCCGAAAAUUGGUACAAAACACCAGUGGAUUAUGGCCUUCUUCAGCUGAACUUGGACACCAUUGACUGGAUAUUGAAAUACCCAGAGCUCGGCAGCAUUGGAGGAAACACUGGUACUGUGAACAGCUUUGCUGGGGUUGAUCCUGCAGACUUAACAGGCGGUGUCCUCAAUCUGACCAGUCUCCUUGAGGGCAACAAUUUGCUGUGUUUUGUAAUGGAGGUGUUGAAGUUCGGUAGCCCCAACGCACUUGACGGCCUAUACAAGACCAUUGCUGAGCCCCUAGAAUUCGUCACUAACCUCCUUGCGGUUCCUUUGCUGAACCUUACUUGCCCUGCGUUUGAAGAACUUCAGGUUGGUGGCAAGCCUUUCUGGGAAGCGCUUCAGGAUGACUUCCCCGGUGCUUUAAAAAGUAAGAGCGCUUUUUAG